GGAAAUCCUGCGCGCACGCGCGAGACGCGGUCAUGGCGGCGCCGUGAUGGCGUCACACGCGGCGCUGUGGGCGUGGUGAAUAUCUUGAGUGUGUGACUGAGAAGAACGGCGCUUUGGGGGCCCUGGGCCUGUUUUGGUGACUAUGGCUCAUCGCUGCCUAUGGCUGUCGCGGGGCUGUUGCCGCCUUUCCCGCAGUGGGAUCGCCGGAGCCCAGCAACUUCUUGGGGGGAGAGGCCUUGCAGCGCCUUCAUACUACCUGAGAUUGCUUCAUGGCCAUGUGGCUCCACAACUUCCUACGAACAGAAACAGUGUCCUUGUAAGUGUAAUUGCUGCUUACAGAAAGCUCUUCUCCCAGCCUCCAAAAGGAUUUGAAAAAUAUUUUCCUAAUGGAAAGAAACCUAAUGAAACAAAGGGCUCAGAAGGAGAAACUGAAGACGUAAAGCAAGCUGAUUCGCAGCGCCCUUCCAGAACUGGUAGUGGAGGAGGAGGAAGCAGCAGCAAUGGAGGAGAGAAAAAAGGUGGCAAGAAACAAAAUGCUAGCUGGUGGUCCAGAUUACAAAAGGGUGAGUUUCCCUGGGAUGACAAAGAAUUCCGUAUGUAUUUUAUGGGCUCUGCUGUUGUGUGGGCUGCUACUACAUAUGCCAUUUUCUUCAGGAAUUCUGGGAGAGAAAUCACAUGGAAGGACUUUGUCAACAACUACCUUUCCAAGGGAGUAGUGGACAAGCUAGUAGUGAUGAACAAGCGCUAUGUCAAAGUGGUCUUUACCCCAGGGAAGUCUCCUAUUGAUGUGGAAUAUGUUUGGUUUAAUAUUGGAAGUGUGGACACUUUUGAGCGGAACUUGGAAACUGCACAGCUUGAGAUGGGAAUAGAAGGAGAGAACAAGUUACCUGUAGUAUAUGCAACCGAGAGUGAUGGCUCAUUUCUUCUGAGUAUGUUUCCAACCGUCCUUAUAAUUGGCUUUUUGCUAUACACAUUAAGAAGAGGCCCUUCUGGAAUUGGCCGAACGGGACGGGGCAUGGGUGGACUCUUCAGUGUGGGUGAAACAACAGCCAAAGUCUUAAAGGAUGAGAUAGACGUGAAGUUUAAAGAUGUAGCUGGCUGUGAGGAGGCUAAAUUAGAGAUAAUGGAGUUCGUUAACUUUCUGAAGAAUCCCAAACAAUAUCAGGAUCUUGGAGCAAAGAUCCCAAAGGGAGCUAUUCUGACAGGACCGCCAGGCACAGGGAAAACUCUUCUAGCUAAAGCAACAGCUGGAGAGGCCAGCGUCCCUUUCAUUACGGUUAAUGGGUCUGAGUUCUUAGAGAUGUUCGUUGGUGUGGGCCCUGCUAGAGUUCGUGAUUUAUUUGUUCUGGCUCGUAAAAAUGCCCCUUGCAUUCUCUUCAUUGAUGAAAUAGAUGCAGUGGGAAGGAAGAGAGGACGGGGUAACUUUGGAGGGCAAAGUGAACAAGAAAAUACACUGAAUCAGCUACUAGUAGAAAUGGAUGGUUUUAAUACCACAACAAAUGUAGUUAUUUUGGCAGGAACUAACAGACCAGAUAUCCUAGACCCUGCACUUAUGAGGCCAGGACGUUUUGAUAGACAGAUCUUCAUUGGGCCACCAGAUAUAAAGGGAAGAGCAUCUAUUUUCAAAGUUCACCUUAGGCCCCUGAAGUUGGAUAGUAGUAUGAAUAAAGAUAAUUUAGCACGAAAACUUGCAGCACUUACUCCUGGAUUUUCAGGUGCAGACAUAGCUAAUGUAUGCAAUGAAGCUGCCUUAAUUGCUGCACGACAUCUUUCAGAUGCCAUAAACCAAAAGCAUUUUGAGCAAGCAAUUGAACGGGUGAUAGGAGGGUUGGAAAAGAAGACACAAGUAUUGCAACCAGAGGAGAAAAAGACAGUAGCAUAUCAUGAAGCUGGCCACGCAGUUGCUGGAUGGUUUCUGGAACAUGCUGAUCCACUUCUGAAGGUAUCUAUUAUUCCUCGUGGUAAAGGAUUGGGUUAUGCUCAGUAUUUGCCAAAAGAGCAGUAUCUAUAUACUAAAGAGCAGCUGCUUGAUAGAAUGUGCAUGACUCUGGGCGGCCGAGUGUCAGAACAAAUCUUCUUUGGAAGAAUUACAACAGGAGCCCAAGAUGAUCUCAGGAAAGUUACUCAGAGUGCAUAUGCUCAGAUUGUUCAGUUUGGAAUGAAUGAAAAAGUUGGGCAAAUUUCAUUUGACCUUCCUCGCCAAGGAGACAUGGUAUUAGAAAAACCAUACAGUGAGGCAACUGCAAGAUUGAUAGAUGAAGAGGUCCGAGUGCUUAUUAAUACAGCUUACGAGCGAACACUAUCUCUCCUAACUGAGAAGAAGGAGGAGGUGGAAAAGGUUGCUUUAAGACUCCUAGAGAAGGAGGUUUUGGAUAAGAGUGAUAUGAUUGAAAUGCUUGGCCCCAGACCAUUUGCUGAAAAAUCUACCUACGAAGAAUUUGUCGAAGGCACAGGCAGCUUAGAUGAAGACACUUCACUUCCAGAAGGCCUUAAAGAUUGGAACAAAGAUCCCGAGAAGAACAAAGAGGAGACAACAGAUGAGCAGAUUGCCAGACAGAUUACAGGAGACAAGCCUUUUUAGUGUGGAAAUAUGACAUUGUAUAAACUGGCACAGAGUUUGUGUUGCACGCUGAAAGAAAAUGGGGAAACAUUUCAGAGUCUAGUCUUCAAGAAUCCCGUGCUAGAAGUCAGCAGGCCUGCAGCUGUGGUGGAGCCAGGGAGGGGUUUGUUGUUUUUAUAGAGGAGUACUGAGAUUCUAUUAGAUGCUGCUUCCUAAAACCCCUGACAGAAAACCUGAGAUCUUGCAGUUUAUGGAUCUAUACUGAGCCUCCUUCUGGCUUUUUCAACUUUUUAGAUCCAUAUCUGAGUAGUGCAACUCUCACCCAUUACCAAAUGUAUUUAAGAUGACCUGCAUUAGCAUUCUGUCAGGGAUAACUGGGAAGAACCUGUCUGUCUUUAAGUCACCUCAAUCAAAUGCAAGUUGUUAGUGCCAGCAGUGCAUUUCUUGCAUGUUUACCAGGAGUAAAGAUAAUUUAUGACAACACUUCUGUUGUGCAGAAACAUCUGCUUGUCAUCCACCUAUUUAAAUUUAUUCCUCUGCCUUGCCGUUUGUAAAACAAAACUGUAUAGGUCUCAGUCGUGGAACUGGAAACCUGCUAAAGAGCUUUUCCAUUUGAGUUUUGGGUCAGUGGCUACAAUAAUGUGUAAAAUCAAAACUAUAUUAUUGCUGCUUUAAUAAAGUUUUUUUCUACAGGCAGUUGUAAAAUAUUGAA